ACACAUAGCUUUUGUGUUUCAAUAUUGAUCAGCUAAGCUUGAUUACACGUUUUUUGGUGUUCUCUAUCAAUGGCUCAUCUUCAUCAAAUUUUCACUUCUUUCUUCCCUGUGAGUUCUCUUGUGAUGGAACGAGUCUCUUCUUUUAAUCACAACUCUUUGUUUGUCCCUCGUGUUAUAAAUAAUGUAACUGGUGGUGGUGCAAGAAUGUGUAGCCAGACUGUUGUACGUCGAUCCGGAAAUUACCAACCUUCUACUUGGAAAUACGAGUUCAUUCAAUCAUUAAGCAGUGAAUUUGAGGGAGAAAUAUAUGUAGGACUGUUUAAUGAGUUAAAGGGAGAGGUAAGAGUCAUCAUGAACAAAAUAGCUAAUGACGAUCCUCUAAAGCAACUCGAGUUUAUUGAUAUCUUACAACGACUUGGCAUCUCAUACCAUUUUGAGAAUGAGAUUAAAGAUAUGUUGACAAUGACAUACAAGAAUCACUGUGAAAAUGACGAUUGGAAAAUCAAUAAUCUCUACGCAACAUCUCUUGAGUUUAGACUUCUAAGACAAUAUGGAUUCAAUAUUCAACAAGAUGUUUUCAAUCACUUCUUCUCGAAUGAGACGAAAAGUUUUAACGUGCAACUGUACGAGGAUUUAAAUGGAAUGCUAUGUUUGUACGAAGCUUCAUUCUUAAGUAUAGAAGGCGAAAACAUUUUAGAGACGGCAAAACAUUUUACGAUGGAAUAUUUAGAAAAAUACAUGAAAUCAAGCACGGAUGAGAAUGAAGUAGCCAUUGUUAGACAUGCAUUGGAGCUUCCCUUACAUUGGAGAAUGCCAAGAUUGGAGACCAGAUGGUUCAUUGAUAUCUAUGAGAGAAAAGUGGAUAUGAAUCCUAUUCUUCUUGAAUUUGCUAAACUUGAUUUCAAUAAGGUGCAAUUUAUCCAUCAACAAGAUUUAAAAUAUGCAUCAAGGUGGUGGAAGAGUAGUGGGCUUGGACAAAAGUUGAGCUUUGCCAGAGAUAGAUUGAUAGAGAGUUUCUUUUGGACUGUGGGUAUUGGAUUUGAACCUGAGUUCUCUUAUUUUAGAAGAUCGUUAACAAAAAUCAAUGCAUUAAUAACAAUCAUAGAUGAUGUGUAUGAUGUUUAUGGCUCAUUAGAUGAGCUCGAACUCUUUACCAACGCAGUAGAAAGGUGGGAUGUUGCAGCAAUGGAAGAGCUUCCUGACUAUAUGAAAAUAUGUUUUCUUGCUCUUCACAACUCUAUAAAUGAGAUGGGUUUCGAAGCACUAAGAGACAAAGGAAUUAAUGUCAUUCAAUACCUUAAGAAAGCAUGGGUAGAUUUGUGCAAAAGUUAUAUGUUGGAGGCAAAGUGGUACCACACCAAUUAUAAACCAACAUUGGAAGAAUAUUUAGAUAAUGCAUGGAUUUCAAUUUCAGGAACAGUUUUAUUAGUUCAUACAUAUGUUUUUGUCACAUCUUCCACGCUUGAAAAUAUGGAAAGUUUGAAACAGCACAUUGAUAUGAUUCGUUGGUCAUCAACAAUUUUACGACUUGCUGAUGAUCUAGGAACAUCAUCGGAUGAAUUAGAAAGAGGUGAUGUUCCAAAAUCAAUACAAUGUUACAUGAACGACACGGGAGCUUCAGAAAGUAAUGCACGGGAAUAUAUAAGACAUUUGAUUGAUGAGACGUGGAAGAAGUUAAAUAAGACAGAAGUCGAGAAUAAUUAUUCCAUUUUUCCUCGAGUGUUCGUUGAAAGAGCUAAGAAUCUUGCUAGAAUGGCUCAAUGCAUGUAUCAAUAUGGUGAUGGACAUGGCAUGGGAUACCAAGAAACAAAAGAUCGUGUAAUGUCUCUACUUAUUGAACCGAUUUCCAUUCAUUGUUCAUAUAGUGAAUAAUUGCCUAUGGUUGUUUAAAUGUAGGGCAUAUACCUGCUCAAUAUUAUUUUACAUGAUUUGAAAUGAUAAUUCAUAAGACUUGAAUCAUCUUCUUAAA